CAAGGUGACUCCUUAUACUCAUGUUAUAUUUUCCUUGUUACAGCAAUACACAGGGGCACAGAAAAUCAGCCAACAAAGAAAGCCAGAGGAGAUGGCGGCGGCGACAGUGCGACUGGCGCACGAGACCAACAUGCUUACAACUGUCUCCUACAAAACGAACUCCUCGGUGCCCAAAUAGAAGAAGUUAGAGGACCCUCAGCAUCAUGUGCCGAAGGGAACAAAGCCAGUUUGGGAACAGCCCAGACUCCAAAGUCGUCGCAGGCGUAUCUGCCAGUCUACAGGUUUAAUGCGCAGAGUCACAACGCUGUGGAAAACAUCGAUCCAUCACCGUACAGUCUAUCUCCAAUAUCGGCAAAGUCGGAGAAGCUGCUCCGGUCUCCGAGGAAGGCAACGAGGAAGAUAUCGAGGAUCCCGUUCAAGGUGCUGGACGCUCCUGAGUUGCAGGACGACUUCUACCUGAACCUGGUGGACUGGUCUGCGCAGAAUGUGCUCAGUGUGGGCCUCGGGAGCUGCGUCUAUUUAUGGAGCGCUUGUACUAGUCAGGUGACGCGGCUCUGUGAUCUCUCGUCCGAGGGUAACGCCGUGACAUCAGUCGCGUGGAGUGAGAGAGGACACUUGGUUGCAGUGGGGACGCAGAAGGGACACAUCAGCGUGUGGGAUGUUGCUGUUAAUAAAGAGGUGACAAAACUUCAAGGGCAUAUUGCUCGAGUGGGCGCUCUGGCGUGGAACGGAGACAUCCUCAGCUCCGGGUCCAGGGACAGGCAUAUACGGCAGAGAGAUACAAGGACACCACCGGUGCAAGCAAACCGUAUCCUGCAGGGCCAUAGACAAGAGGUUUGCGGUCUAAAAUGGUCACCAGACGGCCAAUCAUUAGCUUCCGGGGGCAACGACAACAAACUUUUCGUCUGGUCUAUGCACUCCACGUCCCCGGUACAGACGUACUCGGCGCACGUGGCGGCGGUGAAGGCCAUCGCCUGGUCCCCCCACCAGCACGGGCUGCUCGCGUCCGGCGGCGGCACCGCAGACCGAUGCAUUCGGUUCUGGAACACGCUCACCUCGCAGCCCAUGCAGUGUGUCGAUACAGGAUCCCAAGUAUGCAACCUGGCGUGGUCGAAACACUCCAGUGAGCUGGUGUCCACGCACGGCUACUCUCAGAACCAGAUAUUAGUAUGGAAGUAUCCGUCGCUGACGCAGGUGGCGAAACUAACAGGUCACUCAUACCGCGUCCUGUACCUAGCACUAUCCCCCGACGGCGAGGCGAUCGUCACCGGCGCCGGCGACGAGACGCUCCGGUUUUGGAACGUUUUCUCCAAGACCCCCUCACACAAGGAGAACAAGAGCGUUCUCAACCUAUACACAGCACUUAGAUAAACAUAUACCUAGAUAUAUAGACCUUUUGUAUAUACUAGAUUUAUUUAUUUUUAGCUAUUUAACCUUACGUUUCGAAGGAUUUUUUCGGUGUUCUAAUAAGCUGGACUGUUCUACAGUUUGUAACCCGUGUUUGGUUUUGGUGGUUUGUUUGUGUUUAUAUUGAAAAUAUAUUUUAUUUUAUAGCAACACUGGGUUAAAGAUGGCGGUAUAAACAGUAUUGCCAUCUCUCACCCAAAUAUUUGGUGAUUCGCUUCAAAUUAACCACCAUGCCGUACCAAAUCGUUAUUUUAUACAUAAUGUACACUAGUUUGUGUAUAGAUUAUAUAUAUACAUAUGCUGUAAGUAUGUAUAUUUGUUUAGAUUGAGUUGUACAUAGACAUCUGUACAGUUACUGUGGUGACUAUUUACGGUUCUUUGAUAGAAUUGUGUUGUUGCUUGUGUUAUUAUGUUUCUAUGUAUUUACUUAGAUAAUAGUGCAGGUUAAAGACGAACUCAGCAAUAAAGCAUUUGCUAUCAUUUAACAAAAAGCAAUGAAGUCUGAUAGGUGUUACUUAGACAGUAGUUAUGAUCGUUCAAUGUCAAACAUACAUAAGAAUGAAAUAUUGCUAUCAUUGAAAUAUGCCAAACACUUACUCAGUGUCACAUUUCAUUCGAUUUAGUAUCCAAUGCUAAUACGAAUAAAGCAUAUUUUUAUAUGUCCCGUGAAUAAGGUGGUAAACUAUACUGCUGGACAGAUCGACUUUGUCUUUAGUCUGCACUUGUAUAUUAUAAAACUAGGCGAUAGAGGGACUGAACUAGAAAUAUGUAUUAAAAAUAUACUAUGUAUCUAGAUGAUGCUGAUACGAGCGGUUAGUAUUGAAAUCAGCAGUUAAAACUGUUGAAAUGACUUUGCUACCUUUGGUCAAAAUUGGCCGCUUUGGCAGUGAAAGUGUUAAAAAGAUUGAGUCAAUUCCAUAUACAACUUGAGACGCAUUGUAUCGGUGUUUUUCUUGUUGAUCUACAUUGUAGAUCUUAGGUUACUGGAUUUCUAGUGGUUUCGUCUUAGGAAAUAUGUACCGUAAAACGGGGUGAAUAGAUACAGAAGAAUAAAAGGGUGAAUAAAUGCUAUGUUCUAACAUGACUCACCCCCUUUCUUGUGUCUAUUCACCCCGUUUUACCGUUAGUAUGAUUUGCAUAAGAGCUGCCUGCUUUAUUUGAGCAAUGCGAAAUGCAUUAUGACAAUUUAUUUCAAGGUCUUAUACCCUAAUCUCUAGGUUCAAAUUACAACAGUUCCUUCCCUCUAUCGUCUGAGUAAAUUUUGACAAAACCCGUAUACAGAUAAUGAAAUAAAUGAAACUUUAUUUGUACUUUAUAUAUAUAAACAUUUUGAAAAUUCUGUCGAUUUGGUAUUGUAUUGUUUCGUGUUACUAAUCAACAAUAUUUUUCUGUUCCAGCUACUUAUUUAGUUUCGAUUCUUACCAAUUGAGAGUAGGGUAUUAACUUUAGGUAAUAUUAUUAUUAUUAUCAUUCUCUCAAAUGCUUUAUAGUCGAAAUUUGUUCCAGUCAGUCGAGGAGAUGUUUAGAACGAGAUAAUACGGACUUUAAUACGUCAAGCACGUCAAAAACAACUUUGUUGUAAAGUAACAAGGUUGAAAGUCGUUAUAGAUAGAUAAUUUGACGUAGCUUGAUGUGCUAGAGUCUGUAUAAGCAGUUUAUUUACAGCUAAAUUUCUAUUAUUACUGUAGUCUUACCGCCGCACUCAGAAUCAUUUAAUGAUUACUUAACCCAGUCCUUAGCAAUUGGUCUUAGAACAAAAUCCUUACUAAGGAAGAGUCCUAAGUAAUCAUUAAAUGUCUCUGAGUGCGCAAGUUAAUGUAUAUUGUGGAUUCGCAUUUAUUAAAUGUAAAUUGUAAGUUUAUAAAGAAACAAUUGGAGGUGCCUCCGUAAUGAUCUCAUUAACAACCCUACGAUCUUAAUAUAUGGCAACACUUUUUUAUAUGUAAACUUUUUCUUCUUAAUUUUAUUUAUUGUUUUCGUCUUCUGAAUAGUUUAUUUUGUAUUUUAUUGUUAUUUGUGGUGUUGUGGGUUGCCAGUUGUUGUUUUUAUUAAACACUGGCAACACGUUUGCUUUAAAAGGUAAUGUUGUAUGUUUUUAUAUCGUACCAUUAUUUGUUUUUAGUGAAAUGGUAUUCUGAAGUAAAUUUUACUUAAUGCCUCCUACAGAGGGCUUAGUACGAGUUUAUUUUACGUUGAACGAACGAUUGGUAUGGUUGAUUCGUGCUGGCCAAUCAAAGCUCCGAAACGCUCUCAUUUCGUUUCCAUUCAACGUAAAGCAAACUCAUACUAAGGCUACAGAAUAUAGUGCAUAUAUUAGUAUAAAGGAGCUUAUUAUGGAGGUAAUAAGGUACAGUUUACUUUGACACGACAGGUAACAAUAUGUUUCCGAGGCGCCUCUAGUUCCUUAUGUAUGUCCUACUAGAUGUUAUGUUGUAAGUUAGAAUUUGACGCGUGCAAUGUAGUUAUUAAUAAAAAAUUGUAUUGUGUAUAUAUUUGUCGACUAAGAUUAUAUUGUAUCAAUUGCAGUGUUCUAGGAAGGCGAUUCUAAAAUGAUGUCUGUUUAAAAAGUCUUCAAUUCUUAGUCGGGUAAAGUGUUAUUGAGUUUUUCGAUUGUUGAGAUUCUCAGUAAUAGUUAGACGUCUGGAAUUAUGCUCGUUGUACGGUAAAAGGCUCAGUUCUUUUACUUAUAAUUGUAUGUAUUAAAUUAAUACUUUUAUCUAGUUGUGUAUACAAGUUAAUGAUGUCAUUCUCAAGUAGCUUUUUAGUUAUGAAUUUCUAUUUCAGUAGUACUUACCCUUUAUUACAUUAAAAUAACCAUAUAUAAUUAUCUUGAACCAAUAGUUAACCUCUGUCCAUUUUAAAGUUCUCUACAAUAUCAUUUAGUCUUGCCUUCAUAGAAUACUGCUUUUAAAUGAAUUAUGUUCCAAAAAGGAUACGGAACCAAAUAUUGUAUUUCUUUUUGUUCCAACAGAUGAUUGCUCGGUGUGUUAUUAAAAUCAAUAUGUGAUUGUGUGAAUCAAUGUCUAAUCCUACGAGAUGUAUUUCUGUUCAAUUGUGUUCUGUUUGUAAAAUUUGAUAGUUUAUAACGUCAUAUUAUAUGGAUGGGGGCUGUAACAACGUUUUUGCGUUCCCUAGGUGGCGUUAGUGUAGUUUUAAGUCCUGUUAGUCCAAACACUGAAUUAAAAGUGGAAGGAUUUUGAGUUUGAUACUGGCACUUAGUCUGUUUGUCAAAAGGACUCUUCACUAAGCUUCUUGGUGGAAUAAUCAAGUGUUUGUAAACCCCUAAAAUUGCUCCAAAAUGGCGGCUUUCCAUUUAAUAUGAUGUUAAAUUCUAACAAAUUCAUUAAUGUAAUAGUUUAAGAGACAACAACGUUAGGACAUAUCAAUUUAAAUAGUUAACAGGACAUUCCUUAUAACAAAGCUUUUCAAUAAUAUUCACUAAAGUAAAUAUAAUAAUUCUUAAUAUACUAAAUGUACGAUAAUUAUGACUUUAACGUUCUUAUCUCUCGGACUAAUCAAAAUACAUAUUAUUAAUCUCAAAAAUACACAUUCUAAGAUAUAAACAAUGUAUAUUGUCUUCAUAAAGAAUAUAAUUCCAGUACAUUAUAUGUUAAAUUGUUAGUUUAAAAUAUCAUAUAAUAUAAUAAAAGUAGUAUCGUAAGAAUCUAGCCGACUACUAUUUAUAGAGAAGAGUUAUUAUUUAUAUAAAAUAGAGUGAAAUAAUAUAUUAAACUUGUAUAGACUGAAAACAUUUUUAAUAUGUAUUUUAGAAUUAAAUGUUUGAUUGUGUGCUGUA